AUUAACAAAAAACACGAUCACCGGAAAGAAUGAAGAAAGGCGGUCCUUUCAAAACAAACGUGAAAAUGUGAAAUCAUUUGUAAAGAAAUUAAGCCCUCUUUGAUUUAAAGAACGAUGGCUACAGCACAACAAUUACUUAAAGAAGCUUCCGGCACGACUGAAGUUGGAUUUAGUGCAAAAACUGAGGCUUUUCUGCAAGCUGCAGGAAAGAGUCAUUUGGGACAUGAGGAGGCAAAGCUCUUCUUCAGAUUUAUCCAACAAUGUCUGCAUACAUUCAUGACAAAGUUGAAGAAUUUGAAGGAUGUUGGUCAGGUUAAAGAGAUUCUCAAGACAUCCAUUGUAUGUGGACAAGCAUACACACAUUUACAACAUUGUGUAGAGGAGGACAAGACACAUACAGUGCCUUCAAUAUUAUUCUAUAUUGUACGCAGCCUUCAAGACAGUGUACAUGUCUAUGCUAAGUACAUUAUAACAGUAUCAGAGAUGGUGUAUGAGAUGCUGGAUGCUGCUGGAUGUCCAAAAACUUCCCACACCAUACUUGGUGCAUUCCACAGCUUUCUUUGGAACACCUCUGCCAAAGCCCUGGAAAAAGGUUCCUCUCAAGGCUUGAAAGAUGUUCUCAUGUUCCGGAAGAUGUCUCUACUGUUUGUAUGCUGCGUACCAUUGAACAACAACAAAAAUUUACCCCUAUUCCAGUACACAAUCUCACAUUACACACAGUUCAAGAGGGAAUGGAUUGACAAGGGCACAAUAGACACAUUUUAUAGCAUCUUUCAGUGUGUGUUUGAUAGAUUAAAAAGGUUACAGAACACACUAGAAACUGAUGAAGAUAAAUCAGCUUGUAGACUGUUUCUCCUUCAAAUACAUGUUCUGUUAGUCGAGUAUUUACUUAAAAUAUCAGAUUAUUCAAAAGCUAGAGAUAUAAUUGAAGUCAUGAAUGAAAAAUGUCCAUUAAUUAUAAGUGUAAAAGAUGUGUAUUCAUACACUGCGGACUGUUUGGAGGCUUUCAAAAAUUCACAAAAGCCAAAUAUUAGCAGUGUGAAGUUAAGAGAGACAAACAAUUUUAUUAAACAGUGCAUAGAAUCUGAACCAAGGGAAACUUUAAAGCCGUUGAUUGCGGCUCUCGCGUGCUUUACUCAGUCUUUCAGUUCGAAGGUACUUGUCAGUUUAGAAACAAGUUUAGUGAAAGAGUUAUCCGUGAGUUGUAAACUUGUGCAAACAAUGUGCCAGAAACUGCCGCUAGAAAGCCCCAAGUCGGGGAAGACGAGUGACAAUAAAAAAGAGAAAGAACUAGCCACAGAGAAGGUGAAUUGUGUAUCUGCAUGUCUACAGUCGUACUUUAAACAACUACAGUUACUGCACAAACUGUUGGAUGAUGAUACAGGUUUAGAGGUGUUUCAAGAAUGUACUGAUGUGUCUGAAAAGUUCCAGCAGUACAUAGAAGCCAACCACAGUCAGAUUCCAGAAAACACCCUAAGUUCACAUAGAUAUAAUAUAGGUUAUAUAUGUAACUUGAUUGGUGUACUAUGUAUGCAUGCAGGACACUAUGACAUGGCAGCCUCACUGUACACAGUUGUUGUGAAUCAGCUACACAAAUGUCAACAACCUCAGCCACAGUUGAUAAAGAUGUUUGAGAAGUUGGUAGAUUGUUACAUAGAGCAGGAGAAAUGGACUGAGGCUACACAGGCUGUAGUAAAGGCCUUCACUGCAGUAGAAGGUGAUAUACUACCAGUAGCCAUUAUCUGGACCAGGUUGAAGAAAGAUGCAAGCUCUAAAGAUGAAAUAUUCCAGUCUUUGACAUUAAAAACUGUUAUUGAAAGUUCCGGUGUGGAAUUGAAGGGUGUGACAUGCAGAAAAUUGUUGAUAGUAGAGUACGAAGCCUGGAAAUUGUAUUCAAGGAGACGGUAUGAUACAGAAUACCACAUAUUUUGUGAGUUGUUGGAAACUACCCAGACACCUGCACAGAAAGCCGAGGCUAUGGUCGCCCUUGCAACUACCAUGUGUAUAACUGGUGGCACAUACAAAAACAUGUCGGCUGGUGAGAUGUUAAAUAAAGCUAUAAUUGCACUGGACAAGAAUGGCACAAGCUCCGAGAGAAUACUUGCAUUGGCUAACUACACUAAAUACGCCCUCUUACACGAAGAAGCAAUAGAGUUCAUGAAAAACGAGAAUGGAGAACUCUUAUACUUCGGGACCGGAGAUCUCUCGGCAAACUCGAGGUUUACUCUCCAACAAGAGCAGGAUAAUCUCCCUUUCCUCGUACGAGCAAUCGAAUUGUGGGAGAAAAGUCUGGCACACAAGAGUCAGAAAUCCUCCAAAGGUGGAGAAAAAGUGUCAAAGGAAACAACUAUAUCUAAAGAGAACUUGUUUGGACUAGAACAUCAUAUAGAUAACCUGAUUAUGUGUGGUACUAGGCUCAUAGCAAUGAAACAGCCUCAGCUGGCUUUAAGGGCCCUACAAGUAGUAAAGGACCAGUUACCAAACCUUAAAGACUCAAAGAGGGCCUUAGAUCUCUCGCUCCAGGUGACGCGGUCCCUCAUGUUGCUAGGCCGGUACAAGGAGGCGGAGUCUGUGAUUGACGGCACAGGAGAUAACAAGAAACAAACGAGGCCAACUAGUAUGUCACUGCUCAUGUCAGAGCUCUACAUGUUCAUUGGAAAGAGAGACAAGGGACUGGAGAUUUUACAGUCUGUGUUAGAUAGUAAGGAAUUUCUUGGAAAAACUCAGAAGAUUUACCUAAUGCAAGGAACAGCUAAACGUCUGCUAUCAAUGGCUCUAUGUCUGCCUGGUGGUGAUCACAUGAUUAAUUCAACCAAUCAGUAUCUGCUUUAUCUAGCAUUUGAGGCGGUACAGUGUCAUGUGACAGUUGUAAACUUCCUCACCCAGAAUAAGUCUUUUGAAAAAAAUUCAGAUAAGUGGUUAAUACUGAAUGAAAUCCUGUCAUCCCUGCUGCAUCUGUGUCAGUUAUGUAGAUUUAUUGGUCUACCUCGAGAAGCUCUUUGUUACCUCAAAGCUGGACUCAAUAUAUCACAAGGUCAAGGUCUUCCUAGAUGGUGA